AUGUUUCCAGAAUUACCUGUCUAUGGACUACCUUUAAAUAGUACACCAAGUGAAGCAUUUGUUAUAUUUUUAGCAUAUGGAAUUAAUGUUGAUUUGAAUAUCGAUAGUAAAAAGUAUCCACGUUUAAUUAAACGACAUUUAAGUCAAAAAGAUUGUGGAUCAUCCAUUUAUUACUGUAAAAGCUAUGUUAUUGUACACAGUCAAAUUGAUUAUGAAAUAUAUAUAGAAACUGAUACUUUAGUUAAUUGGAAUGUUGAUAUUCUUUUCGAUGUUCUUCAUCGGUGGCAUUAUCCAUUACCAAUUGCAACUUGUCAUCCGGAUGAUCCUAUUAAUUACGAGCAUUUUUGA